AUGUCGCAGCGCACAUCGGCAGCCGUCGCCUUGGGUGGCAUGGCCGGGUUGGCGUACAUGAGCUCGGGCAGCCAGACAUUCGCAGCCGCGCCGGCAACCGCGAACCAUCGCCAGCAGCACGCUGCCCAGACCGCUCAGGCGCCGCCUUCCUCGGCCUCGGCCACAUCUCUGCCGGCAAUGAUGGCUGGCGGUGCGGUCCUCGCUGCUGCGGCUGCUUCUGGACGUGCUACCCGCUCGCAUGGCAGUGCACCCCUCCCCACCAGCGUGAUGCCAGUGAGGACAACGGUCACAGCUCGCCGGGCUCUGGACCAGUCCAGCCGCUAUGCGGACUUGUCCUUGGAUGAGGCGACGCUCAUCAAGAACGGCAAGCACGUGCUC